AUGGACGACAAAACGUUCACAAAAGAACUAGACCAAUGGAUCGAACAGCUUAAUGAGUGUAAGCAGCUGUCAGAGAACCAGGUCCGGACGCUUUGUGAGAAGGCUAAAGAGAUUCUGACCAAUGAGUCCAACGUGCAGGAGGUCCGCUGCCCGGUGACGGUGUGCGGCGACGUGCACGGACAGUUCCAUGACCUCAUGGAACUGUUCAAAAUCGGGGGCAAGUCUCCGGACACCAACUACCUGUUCAUGGGUGACUACGUGGACCGAGGGUACUACUCCGUGGAGACAGUCACGCUGCUCGUCACGCUAAAGGUGCGCUUCCAGGAGCGGAUCACCAUCCUCCGGGGGAACCACGAGUCGCGGCAGAUCACACAGGUCUACGGCUUCUACGACGAGUGUCUGCGUAAAUACGGAAACGCCAACGUGUGGAAGUACUUCACAGAUCUGUUCGACUACCUGCCUCUCACUGCCCUCGUCGACACACAGAUCUUCUGUCUCCACGGCGGCCUGUCUCCAUCCAUAGAUACUCUGGAUCACAUACGAGCCCUGGACCGUCUGCAGGAAGUCCCACACGAGGGGCCGAUGUGUGACCUGCUCUGGUCUGACCCUGACGACCGCGGCGGCUGGGGCAUCUCUCCUCGUGGCGCCGGAUACACGUUUGGACAGGACAUCUCCGAGACGUUCAACCACGCCAACGGCCUCACCCUGGUGUCCCGGGCUCACCAGCUCGUCAUGGAGGGCUACAACUGGGGCCAUGAUAAGAACGUGGUGACCAUCUUCAGUGCUCCCAACUACUGCUAUCGCUGUGGCAACCAGGCGGCCAUCAUGGAACUGGACGACACCCUCAAAUACUCUUUCCUUCAGUUCGACCCAGCGCCACGUCGCGGUGAGCCCCAUGUGACCAGACGCACUCCCGACUACUUCCUGUAA